GUGUCGGCUCCCUGAGGAGGAGGCUGCGUCGCAGGUUCGGGGGGGCAGCUGCAGCCUCUGUAGUCCUCUCCAGUCUCCUGUGUGCGGUGGCCCGGCGGACUCUCCGGCUCCGGCGGUGACGAGGCCCUGUGCUGCAGUCCACGUCCGCAGCGUGCGGCGGACAGACAGGGCCGCUGGUCCAAUCAAAUCGCUCGACAUAUUGAGGUUGCCAAAUCAAAGCCAAAGAGGAGGCGCCGGCGACGUCGUCGGAAUGACGUCAUGCUCAAACAGCUGGUCGCUGGCAGAUAAUCAGAAAAAAUGUAGACCAGCAGAGCGCCUGAGACCUGCAGCCGGGCUGGAGCCCCCCUCACAACGCGUUCGGCUUUUGACGAUGUUGCAGCUGGAGGGUCGGGGCUCGGGAUGUAGCCCUCCGAGGCUCCUCUUGCUUGUUUACACCUUUUUCUGCGCUGUUGGAGAUUGCCUUUUUGUGACCGAUUACUUCACCCGUACGCCUCGUAAGCUAAAUGCUUUCAACUCCUUCGCCAGUGUGGAGCUGUUCCACUUCAAUGUGCCUGAAGACACAAUGAUGGCCGUCUGGAACCUCAUCACCUUCAAGGAGCAAGGGGGCACGUUUGGAGACAGCUGCCCAAACCGCAAUGUGACAGUAUAUUUCAGGUCAGGAGCUCCUCCGGUGAUCAACCCCCUUUACACCCGCUUCCCUCGGGAUACGGUCGUCCCGGGGUCCUUCGCCGUGACCCUGACCUGGACUCUUCCAAACCGAACAACCGGAGCGUUCAAUGUGACUAGCCCUCUCCCAGGAGACUGGUUCUUAGCCGCACAUUUACCCAAGGAUGAGGGCAAGAUCUCAGUCAAGGGUUUGUCUGAGGAAUGCCAGUACCUGUUCCAACCACAGCUCAUCGUCCAGAAGUUGAUUGGGAUUUCGGUGCUUUAUCCUGGGUACUUUAUUGACCAGAUGAUCCCAAUCCAUAACAGAUCAGCACUUUACAAGGUUUUCAUUCCCAAUUAUAUAUCAAAGGUGAAGGUUCAGCUGAUAAACUGCAGCACCAAAAACAAAAGCAGCGACACCUGUCCCGUGGUGCUGAAGAUGAGAGCGCGGGCGCCGCCGGUGCACAACUCGAGUGCCCUCGACUGCAGGGAGUGGAACCCAUGUGAAUUAGUCACCCUCGUACCUGCCUGGGAGCAAUGGUACUACAUCCUCGUUGAGAGGUAUCUGAGCAACUCAGAUGUCUACUUUCGCAUCGGUGUGCAAGUCACAGAUUGCUCCAAACCCAGCUCAUCGAAGGACCGAGCGCAGUCCAGCUCGUCCAUGAACAUGCCUCAGUCUUUUGGAACAGCGAUGGGCUUCUCCCUGUCAGACACGCUGCUGAUGGCAUCGCUGCCUGGCCUGGCUCAGAACGCUAGUCACCUGCACACCUCAGAGGACAGCAUCAUUUACCUCGCCCCCACUGCAGACACGAACAAAUGCUGGCCCAUCCGCCCCACCCUGCGUAACGAGCUGGAUACCUUCUCUGUGCACUUCUAUGUCUUCUUUGGUCCAAACAUAUCCAUUCCACCUGACCGGGCCGCUGUGUUUGCCAUCAACCUGAUGCCUGUUUUAGACAGCGGAGGGGUCCUCAAUAUGGAGCUCAAAUUAAACCUGUCGACGCUGAAAGGAGCAAAUCUGACUGUGUUCGGCUGCCUUAAUCACGGAAUGCCUCUCUUCUUGAGAGAAAAUUCAUCGCUAAAAUGUGAUUCAGAAUCAGUUGCUGGGUUUUUCCUCUCUGCCAACGUGUCCUCUAAUAUUACCAAACUGAGAAUUCCCUACCCACAAACAGGAACCUGGUACCUCAGUCUGCGCUCCUUAUGUGCCACUGAACACGGGUUUGAAGCAUGCACCAAUGUAACUGCAGAGGUUUAUAUGCGUGCAUACCUUACUCCAUGCAUCAAUGACUGCGGGACAUAUGGACAGUGCAAGCUCCUGCGAACCAACAACUACCUUUAUGCUGCAUGUGAAUGCAAAGCAGGCUGGAAUGGCUGGGGCUGCACCGACAACUCCGAAGCCUAUUCUUACAGCUUCCAGCUCCUCUCCACCCUCCUGCUCUGUCUCAGCAACCUGAUGUUCGUCCCGCCUGUGGCCAUCGCCAUUCGCAGCCACUACCUGCUGGAGGCUUCAGUCUACAUCUUCACCAUGUUUUUCUCCACUUUUUACCAUGCAUGUGACCAGCCUGGUAUCGUUGUCUUUUGCAUCAUGGAGUAUGACGUUUUGCAGUUUUGUGACUUCCUUGGGUCCCUUAUGUCAGUGUGGGUCACAGUUAUUGCUAUGGCAAGGCUAAAAUCCAUCAUCAAGCAGGUGUUGUAUCUGCUGGGGGCGAUGUCUCUGUCCAUGGCUCUGCAGCUGGACCGUCACGGUCUGUGGAACCUGCUGGGACCUAGCCUGUUCGCGCUGGGCAUAAUGGCUGUAGCAUGGACUGUGCGCACCAUCCGCCGCCGGCGCUGCUACCCGCCCACCUGGAAGCGCUGGGUCUUCUUCCUGUUCCCCGGCACCAUGAUCGCCACAUCCGCUGUGGCUCUGUACGCCUUCGUGGAGACGGAGGAGAACUACUUCUACAUCCACAGCAUAUGGCACAUGCUGAUUGCAGGGAGCGUGGGCUUCCUUUUGCCGCCUCGCGCCAAGCCAGACGCCAAGGUGACCCCGCUGAAGCGCAAGCGGGGCUGCGGCUAUCAGCUGUGCGUGAACGAACACGAGGAACUGGGCCUGGUGGACCCAGGCAUCAUAACCAUCAACAGCAUCUGUACCAGCUGAUAAACUCCACGUUCACUACUUUUUACCUUAGAGACACUUCAUUGCCUUCUUUUACUGCAGAAAUUCACACAUGGAAAUUAAGCCACAGAACUUUAAAAAAAGGAAGAAGGAAAAAAAAUGUAAAUACUUAAAUCCUAAUAUGACACUGAAAUUUCUUUUUUCUGUUGUAAUGGUCAUGGUAAUUAUGAUCAGUAUGUAAUUAUUAUCUAUAGUUGAAGUUCUGAUGAAUUGUGGAUGUAUAGUGACACAGUGUUGCUUGUGAAUAUGUAUUUAAAGUCAAAGCUGAAACACUGCUGCUAUCUGACGGUGACUGUAAAUCUGCUUCUGUUGGUUAUUUAUUGCUGGUCUUGUAAGCAGGCCAAGAGCUGUGGUGUGGGAAGGAAGGUACGGGUUGCUGGUAAACGGUGGACAUAGAUGGACGUUUACCAAGGGCACGGCUUUUCUGAAAUUCUUUUAAGAUAUAUCUUUUGCACUGAGACACAAAAAUGUUGGUCUGUAAAUUUUUAUAACAAUGGGCAUCACAAAUGUAAAACCUAGCUGUCAUGUGGAAUGUUAGACUGUCUUUUGCAAAUGCAAUGUAUCACUUUUACACGAAUGUGCUGAGUGUUCUUAGAGGAAAAAAAAUUACCAAACCUCCUUAAGGAGAAGAGAAAGGCAGGAAUACUUAAAAUGAUAGAUGUUUUUCUUUUUUUUUUUUUAAUGAGGUUGUAAGGUGUACUUGUCAACAUCUUACCAACAACUAAAUGCAUUCUGAGGGACCUCAGUUGGAGAAUUACUGAAAAAUUUUCUUAGAAGAGGAAGACCCUUUAUGGUCAAUUUUUCAUCAGUUCCGAUUCUGACAAAUGGUGAAAAAUAUGGUUUUCACACUGUCACACAUAUUUAGCUUGGAUUCAGAUUUGUAAUUAUGUGAAACUGCAGCAUGUGUAGUCACAAUGCCAUAGUUAUUGUUUGGACAUGUCACAACUCUGACCUUCAACGUAUACAGCAUAUUUUCACCACUGCAAAUUAAUUGAUAUAUAUUCUACACCAGUGAUACAGCAAUGGCGAGACAUUACUAAAUGUUACAUGAUGCAGACACUCUGUCUGCACUGAUGGUUUAAGUUUGUCAUGUUGAAUACUUACGGUUACUGACACAGCAGGGAACUUGGACCAAUAUUCUAACGAGUUCAUUAAACCCUUCAUCAGCAGUAAAGCAUUACAUUUUCACCAAGAUAGUCAUGGCAUUAAGUAUGGGGAAAACAUCCUAGAAAACAAUACAACUUGCUCUACCAUAACUCGGCAACUGAUUUGGCACAUUUCAUCAAUACACAUGGAAUAUUUGUAAUGGGCCAUUACACAAGUGAUACAUGCCUACACCAGACUUUACAUUUCACAGAACGUAUUUUAUUAUUUCACAUUUCAUUCCAGAUAAAAAUUUGUCAUAUUUCAUUUCAGAAUGAGAAACUGCGCAGCAGCACAAUAAUCUACAUUCCUGAAUUUGAUGGAAUCCAGUAGAAUAGAAGACCAUAGCUACUUUUCUUCCAAAUGAAAUGUUAAUACAGAAAGCAUUUUUUUUCCGGUAAAGGCAGGGAAAUUAAAUAUGUGAGUCCAUUGGAGUCGCAUGGGGCACUUUUAGCCAUGAAGGUUUCCAGAGGGAAUAUCUGGCACCACAUAAAAAUGCUAAAGCAGUCAAACAGUUUUGUUACUGCUCUUUCUUGUUUCCAUAACUCUAAUUAGCACAUAAGUCUGGUGCCCUGUAUAUUUAGUUAUUGGAGAAUAAUUAACUUUUACAACAGUUUUGUGCUGUAAUCAACAAUAAUCCAUGUAAUCAGUGACUUUUAAGUUUGUAAAAUUCUGAUCACAAUUUAACGUUUGAUAAAUAAUUUUGAAGUUGUUCAGAAAAUUCAUGAUAUAGUUGUAUCACAAAAUAGUAAGUUUUUGUUUUCCAAGGAGUUCAGACAUGCAUUAGCGGUAUAAAAGGCAAAUUACAAUAAAAAAAAAUUACUGGAUUACAUAAGUUUUCUCAAAAAGAAAAAGUCCAAAUAUUCAAGUCAAAAUACUGUUUUUCUGGAAAUUUGUUAAAAUUGAAUUUCUAAAAAAUUUGCAUUGCUUUUUCACACAGUCAAGUGGAGAAAAUAUCCGUUGGUAUAUUCCAAAUAUAAUUCUAAUCAGUUUAUCCAGCAUUGUUUUUUUCUUAUCAUCCUAUCAUACGUUGUGAACGAUCCUUUGCAGACGCUGCCGUUUCUUUGCAAAACGUCAUGCCACAAACAUUUAACACACAGGGGUUAAACAUGCAAACAUUUUCAAGAAACUAUUUUAAAAUUGUAAGGAUUUGCAUUUGUAUGCAUAAUGGAAAUAUUCUCUGGAAAUCUUUCAGCUCGGCUCCCUCGUGAUAAUUUUAAGUUGAUUCUCCAAACUGAUAAUGAUUUGUUUUUUGGCCACUUAAGAUGAUGACUACUCUUACCUACUCCUCAAAGCAAUGCUUCAAAAACAACUGACUAUUCUUUUAAGAGACCUCAGACGUAGACCUUUCCUCGCCACUCUUUUUCUGACAGGACCUCUGUGACACCACAUUCAUGAACAAUAAAUGUUUUCUUUCUUUGC